CUUCCUUCCAAAAAUGAACAAUGCUUCUCUUUAACCCCAUCUCCACCCACCUACCCCGCACCCCUACCCCCCUCACCCUCAAACACACCACCCCUCACCACCACCAACGUAACGUCACCGUUUUCUCUCAACUCCAACCCAAUAUCCCCAUCACAAUCUCCGAUGAAUCGCUUCAAUCAAAAGGAUUCAAUCUCCAUCAUUCGAUCACAAACCUCAACCUCGACCACCUUAACUCCGUUUUCGUAGCUGUUGGAUUCCCUAGACGUGACAAGGCGAAAAUUCAGGUAGCCUUAGAGAACACAGACACACUUAUGUGGAUAGAAUACGAGAAGACAAAAAGGCCAGUAGCGUUUGCUAGAGCUACAGGUGAUGGUGUUUUUAAUGCUAUUAUUUGGGAUGUUGUGGUGGACCCAAAUUUUCAAGGGAUUGGUUUAGGUAAAGCUGUGAUGGAAAGAUUAGUCACCGAGCUGUUACGUAAAGGGAUAACGAAUAUUGCACUUUAUUCGGAGCCCCGAGUUCUUGGGUUUUAUAGGCCCUUGGGUUUUGUUGCGGAUCCGGAUGGGAUCCGAGGAAUGGUGUAUUCUAGGAAAAAGAAAAAAAAAUAGGUGACAAAGGAGAUAAUUUUUUUUGUUUGUUUUUGUACUUUAUGAAGUGAUAUGAUUAAUUGUACAUUUUGUGUCAA